AGUUUUCAAAUAUAGUUCUCUACUAUUCCAUAUGUGAUGACAGUGACAUAUUUAUCACGAUUAGUGGUCUAUUUCGCCUGAGGAACAAAUGCGUUUGUCAUUUCGUUUUCUUUCAAUAAAAUAAAAUUCUUGUCUCGCAAGACUAAUUAAGAUCGACACCAUGGACGUAGAUAAUGGAUCUGAUGGUCCCUGUCAAGGGGGCAUAGACCAAUCACUUCUGCAACAGUUCAGUUGUAUGGGUACUUCAGACAAAGAAGACCUAAUAAGUGAACUGCAAAAAAUCAUGUGUGGAAAAAUUAAUUAUUCUACGGCGUCAUUCUUUCUGGACAUGAAUAAUUGGAAUCUUCAAAGUGCAAUUUGCUCUUAUUUAGAUACUCAGACUAUUACAAAGUUUCCAUCAAUGGCCCUUGUGGAAUCUGUUGCCAAUGAAACAGAUAGUGUUGAACCAGGUGUUGUUUUUCAGAAAUCCUGGCAUAUAUCGAACAACGGGCCGCACGCGUGGCCUACGGGCUGCUACGCAGACAUAACAGCCACCCAAGGUGGUACCACACUCAAAUCCACCAGGGCUAUGGUGCCCGCGCUACAACCUGGCGAACGCUCCGUUCUGACCGUAACAAUGGAGAGUCCAUCCACGCCAGGCGUAUAUCAAAGCAAGUGGAGAUUGUGCACUCCUAACGGAAGCUACUUUGGCGACGAGUUGUGGUCGUUCAUUUACGUAACGGACAAGUGCACCGUGAAACUAACGGAACAGUUGUCCCAGCUCAGUGAGUUAGGAUCUUCUCCACCUGUAAUCUCAACUCACAAUCCUUUCGUGCAACGAUCUCAAGUGGAAACCAAUCCGGAGAACUUUCCACCAGACGGGCCUGAUUCGGCUAUGUGCUAGUAAUUAUCGUGCCAACAGGAAGGACAAAGAAAUGUUUGGAAUUGCGUGAGUGGUAUACAUGUGUAUAUAGUAUAUAACAUACAAAGUGAUACACUUAUUUUAAGCAAUAGACUUAAUUUUAUCUAUUAGCAUUUCAAUCUGUUCAGGAAUUGUUUGGUGGUAUAUUAACUGUUAAAAUCAUUGUAUCAUAAUCUUGAAUAUUUAUUUUAGUAACUAAGAAUGUUUUAUCACUUUUGACAAGGUUUGUUUGUUGUGUUAAUUGUUUUGAGUAAAUCAAAAACAUUUAAUUACAUUAAAAAUCUUAAUUCCUGUUAGGAUUCAAUUUUUAUAUUUAUUAGAUGAUAAUAUUUCAGGGGUGUUGAGUGGCCUCUUGGGGGUCCCAUUAUUUUUUACGAAAACGUUAAUAGAGCCUUUGAAAUAUUGAAAAUUUCGCACAUUUGUUUAAUCUAAAGAAAGAAUUUUGUCAAUUACCGUUAUUUGUUAAUAAAUAAUAAAUAUAGA